UUCCGUUUUUCCCCUUGAAGAGGGGAGCGUGUCCGUGGCGGGGAUUGCCUUGUCAUUACAGCGGAGAGAAACGCGUGGUCAGCAGCAGCAGCGGCAGCAGCAGCAGCUCCACUUCACUGCAGAAACUGGUACAUGGUGGUGUGUAGAGCUGGACCUGAAGCCAGACAUGGACACUGAGAUGAGUGGUGAGCUUGUACAGACUCCACUGCAAGAGGAGAUUGCAAUGGAAAAAGAGGUGGCGUCAAAGCUGGAGACACAAGAGGAAGCCGCAGAGCCUGAGAAGCCACCAGCUGCUGCUGAAGAGGCUGACCAGUUUGCAGUGAAUGGCCACACAGAAACACAAGAGUUGGUUGUGACACAAACCGUGAUGGUGUCUGAGGAAAAUAUGGAAACAAAGACCGAGGCCUUGCCCGAAGAUAAAUCCGAAAUGGAGACGGGGUCUGAUGCAGUGGCACCACCAGAACCAGAUGAGUCAUCUGAAAAGCUCUCUGACUCAGAUGCAGCUUUGGGCAAAGAACCAGAAAGCGCCCAGCCUGUGCCAGAGAACAAACCAGAACCUGUGGCUAUGCAAACGCCUCUGGCAGACAGCGCUCCUGUACCAGAGCCAGACAAGCCGGCAGAAACAGUUCCAGAAGCUGCACAAUCAGAUGGAACAUUACCUGAACCAGCCACGCUGCAGCAGCCAGCAGAUACACAAGCACUCAGUCAAGAAGAGAACCUGACUGGACAGGAGGAGGCCAUGGAGAAACUGAAGAUUGAUACUGAGGCAGAAGAAGACCGAAAGAUGACAGAGACUGUCACAGUAGAGCCAGCCAAGAAAGAGGAAGAAAAACAAACAGAAGCUGGAAUGUCAAAGGAGGAGACAUCGGAGAAAGAGGCUGAAGUUGUAAAACCUGCAGAAGAUGUGAAAGAAGUUAAACCUGAAGCAUCUGAUGCUGAAGCAGGGGCUGAGGGUGUUAAACCUGAGCAGAAUGAGCCUGAAUCUAAAAAGGAAGAAGUAGUUGUCCCUUCACCUGGCUCCUUGUCUUUUGCCCUCCUGGAACACAGUCUCACUAAAGAAACCCUGCGAACCUCUGCCACUCUCAUCAUCCUCAGAGGCCUCCCUGGAAGUGGAAAAAGCCACUUGGCCCGUGCCAUAGGGGACGCCUAUAAAGACCACUGCACUGUCAUUUGUGCCGACGACCACGGUGUGAAGCCAGAGAACCCAGAAUCCUCCGCUGACGGGUACAAGGCUCUGGACGAGGCUGUGCUGGCCUGCUGCAGCGGCAGCAUGCCUUCUUCUGUGCUCAUCGUGGUGGAUGACACCAACCACACCCAGGAUCGACUGGCCCGGCUGGCGGAGAUCGCCCUGGAGCACCAUCGUGUUCCUGUCUUCCUGGAGCCACGUACCGAGUGGAGCAGAGAUGCAGCACAGCUCAGUAAGAAGUCCAGACGUGGACUGGAGGAAGCCCAGAUCAAUGCCAUGAAGGGCCCCCUGGAGGAGAUGACCCUCCCUCUUUAUUUCGGCUGGUUUCUUGUCUCUGCUGUCCAGGACAAUGUCAGGUGCACAGCCAUGGACUUUCUGAAAACACUGGACACCUUGGAGGUCUUCAAGAAGCACCUCAAUGAGUUCACUGGGAAAGCUGAGAAGGAGGUGGAUCUGGAGCAGUACUUUAAAGCCAAAGGAACUCUGCAUUGCACCACAAAAUUCUGCGACUAUGGGAAAGCAAAUGGUGCCAAAGAGUAUGCAGAGAAACAAGCUGUUACAGAUUUCUAUGGCUCAGCAUUUGAGCUGUCACUGAGUGCUCUGUUUGUCACCCCACGCACUGUCGGAGCCCGAGUGUCCCUCACAGAGGAGCAGCUUCUGUUGUGGCCGGACGAUGCUGAGAAGGAGGCGGAGUCAGUGGUCCCUGCAGCGGCGUCCCUGCCUCUGGGAAGCCGCGCCCACGUCACUCUGGGCUGCGCCGAGGGUGUCGAGGCGGUCCAGACGGGCUUCGACCUGCUUGAAAUCUUAGCCCUGCAGCAAGCCGGCCAACAGGGGGAGGUGGCAGAGGAGAUGGAGCUGGGCACGCUGGCCUAUUUUGGCGAGGGAAGGUGGCUGCUUAGUCUCAGAGAGCCCAUGCGCAUCCCAGCCUUCUUCUCCAGCUUCUACGGCCGCAAGGAAUCUGAGCCCACCAAAAAAGAACCAGAGAAGAAGAAGAAGCCAAAGUGCACCAUCCUGUAAAGGGCAAAUACAGAGGAUGACGGGCUAAUUCAGAUUAGGCUAACUACGUGGAAGGUUUGUGUGUUUGUGCAGUGUUUAGGGUUUCAUUUAUAACCACCCUAAAUCCACAAGCUGUGUGCCUUUUUUAUUAUUGAUUUGCACCACAACCUAAGAUGCCUUGGAUCCAGUUAGGCUUGUUCUUGUUACACAUGUCAGUGCCAGUGUUGCAAUAUCUGGAUAAGUUCUGAGGUGUUGUGAGCUGCAGUUUUUUUUUUUUUUAGACUUAGGUACCGUAGCCAACUCGCACAGCAGAUGUGUAAGACUUAGACUUCUCCUCCUCUACAUUACAACAUUUCUCAAUAUUCAGAUACUUCAUUGCAUGCAUCACAAGUUAACCGUUUCAACCUAGUAAUAUUACAACAUUUCUGACUUAACAGUAGCUCUGCCUCCUGGACAGAUUUCGUCUGGCGUCUCUUCAAGCUUAGUUACCUGUGAAAACAUUAGCUACUUCUGUGCAUUUGUGUUGCGCGUACGUUGCCUAGAAUUUAAUUGUAACAAUAUCAUAUGGGCCAAAGUUAUCUAUUUGAUUAAGUGUAUUAGAAUGAAUGUCAUUUAGAGUCCUUCCUCGUGAAGUCUUUGCACUGUGCAUUGUUUAAAAGGGAGAAUGAGGAUGAAUUUGGCAUUUGUUUCAACAGCUUGCACUUAUGAAAUGCUGUGAAUCCAAGAACAUGUUUUGCAAUUUUUUUGUACUUCGCAAGAUCGCACGGUUGAUCCUUUUAUCUGAACAGCACUUCACAUCUUGCAUUUGUAUCCUCUGUAACUGUAAUUUUGGAAGGGCAAGUUCUACUUUGUAGCUCUUAUGAAUCACUAUUUUUGCACUUGUUUUGUACACUUAAUAAAAAACAUGCUUUGCUCUAUGAA